UUUGUGUAAGGAUCAACACACAGCAGCACCUGCCAGCCCAUUCCCGAGUCUCCCUCCUCGCCGCCCCGCUCGGAGCGCGCAGAUAAGGUGGGUGCCGUGUGUGUCAGUGACGCUCACCCCGGGCAGCCUGGCCGGGAACGUUUAGCCUAAAAUAACGUUUGUAUUCACUGCAUGAGAUAGUGUCACCAAAGAAAUCAGGUCUCAGCGGCCUUACCGAAGCACACACGACAGACAGCCACCCACCUGCUACCCUGUCCCCUGCCUGGGGGUAGUUCCCUGGUCUGUCCCGCCGCCGGGGAUCCCCCAGCCCCGCGGGGUCAUCUCCCUUUUCCCGGGGCUCCCGCUCGGCUCCUGCCGCACGGGAGGACACAGCCGCGCUCGGGGCUGGGCGGGCGCCCCGGUGCCCCCUUUGUGCUUUUUACACCAGAACGCCCCCGCGGGCAGGGCCCCGCACCGAGCGAUGCCAGUGCCAGCUGACCCUGCGCCCGGGAAAGGGUUCCGCGGGUCCGGCCCGGCCGCACGCCUCGCUGCGGGGGCUCUCACGAGCCCGCCCCCCCGCUGCGGCCGCAUCAAUCAUUAACGGCGGCUCGGGUGUCCAGCGCCUCCCACCCCGGGAAACCCGACCCGGGGCGUCUCUUCCCGCUCCUCGGGAGCGCUGGAUGCACCGGUUUCCAGUUACCGCGAUGCCGGGCGGCGGGGCGGGAGGAGCCGCGGCAGUGCCGCCACUGCCCCUGCUGCAAUGAGUGAUGCUGCCGGGGGCGGCGGCGGAGGCGGAGAGGCGCAGAGCUACCGCGGAUCCUCCGCCGGCGGCUGCGGGUGCAGCGGCUCUGCCUCGCCCGGUCGGCGGCGAGGCGGCGGGCCCGGGGCCGGCCGGGGCAGCAGCAGCAUGCGGGCGGGCGAGGGGGACAAGGAGGAGGCGGCGCCGCCGCCGCCACCGCCUCGCCCUGCCGCCUUGCUGCGGUGGGACGAGGUGCCCGAGGACUUCGUGGAGUGCUUCAUCCUCUCGGGCUACCGGCGGCUGCACUGCUCGGCGCAGGAGUGCUUGGCCUCGGUGCUGCAGCCCACCAACGAGACCCUCAACUUCUGGACCCACUUCAUCCCACUGCUGCUCUUCCUCAGCCGCUUCGGACGGCUGCUGCUGCUGCGAGGCGCCGGGGACCUGCCCUUCCACCACCCGGCGCUGCUGCCCCUCUGGUGCUACGCCUCGGGGGUGCUGCUCACCUUCGCCAUGAGCUGCACGGCCCAUCUCUUCAGCUGCCUCUCCCCGCGCCUCCGUGCCACCUUCUUCUACCUGGACUACGCCUCCAUCAGCUACUAUGGCUUCGCCAGCACCGUGGCCUACUCCUACUACUUGCUGCCAGGGCUGAGCCUGCUGGACGCCGGCGCCAUGAGCCGCUACGUGCAGCAGCGGCUGGGCUGGCAGCUGGACUGCAGCCUGCCCAUCGCGGCCUACCGCGUGCUCGUGCUGCCCGUGGCGCUGGCGCUGGCCGUGGGCUGCACGGCCGCUUGUUGCCGCAGCCGCGCCGCGUGCUGCGCCUACCCCUUCGCCGUGCGCACCUUCGUGUUCGCCAUGCCGCUCAGCAUGGCCUGCCCCAUCAUGCUGGAGAGCCUCCUCUUCGACCUCCGCGCACGCAACCCCACGCUCUUCGUCUACUUCUACCGCCGCUACUUCUGGCUGCUGGUGGCUGCCUUCUUCAACGUCAGCAAAAUCCCCGAGCGGAUCCAGCCGGGGCUCUUCGACAUCGUGGGGCAUAGCCACCAGCUUUUCCACAUCUUCACCUUCCUCAGCAUCUAUGACCAGGUACACUACGUGGAGGACGGGCUUGCUGAGUUCCUCAAGGCACCCCUGGCUGUCCCCACCUACCUAGGCACCGUGGGGUAUAUGCUGCUCCUGACCGUUUGCCUUGCUGUGGUCGUCAGGAGGUUCCUCAACGUAGCAGACCUCUGUAAGCAGGACUGA